AUGGCAGCGCUGGCGUGGAUCCAAGGGGCUGCCCCGGCCCGUCUCUCGCCUAUAGCCCCCUCCCUCCCUCCCCGCCGCCGCCGCCGCCGCCGCUGGGCAGAAGCUGGGGACGAUCCGAACACACCCGGUAGCUGCAGAAAUGGUGGGUUUGUUAACUCGGUGACGAAGCAGUGGGUGAGGCGGAGAGGAGAGGAGAGGAGAGGAGAGGAGAGGCGGCCUGAUGUGAGCGUGGGUGGAUGGAGGGCAGCGAGGACCUUGUGGGCAGCCGCCGCCCCCCCGGAACCGCCUCUGUGUAGCCGCAGGGGACGGGACGGGACGGGCGGGAUGGCGGUGGCCGAGACACAGGUGGCGGACGCAGAGCUGAUGCCCCAGAGCCACGGGGAAGAGCUGCAGCAAGAGGACAUCUUCAGUCAGAUGGACGAGAAUGGCAUCAUAGGGAUGCAGGAGGCCAGUGAUUACUACCUGCAGUGUCAGCCGAGGCUGGAGGAAGGGUUGGAGAGGCUGGAUGAGGACGGGGAGAUGGUGGACUUGCACGGUGACAGCGGCCAGCGUGGGUUCCCGCACGACUCUGUGGAUGAGGACAGCUUCAACAUCAGCCAGUUCCAGGACUCAGACCCUGUGCCCUGCUCUCUAUCCACACUAGAGGACGUCAGCCACAGCCAUCUGUUGUGCGAUGCUGACUUGCUCGAGGGAGAUGGGAUUCUCAGCGACCAUGAUUCCCAAUCCAUGUGGAAUGAGGAUGAGGAUGAGGAGAUGGGCGAGUGUGAUGAGGGGACGGAGCAGAUUAACGGUGGAUACAGGCAGAGGGCAGGAGGUGCGGAGGUCCACCAUGAGGCGGGUUACCAGGAGCAGGCAGAGGAGCCGGGGUCGGGCACAUUUGGAGACUCGUGGCACGUUUACGUCAAGGCGGCGAGGAUCCGCGACCACGGUGAUGACCUCUCCGUACCAAGGGUCAGGGACAACGCUGACAAACCCGCCGACCAAUCUCCCACGAGUACUAGCUACUCAAAGACUCAGGGUAAAGGUCCCGGCCUCUCAGCUCACGAUUGUUAUACCGAAGACACUGAGACCCUGUUUUCUCCGAGGGUGGAGUGUUCCGGUGAGGCGACGGAACGGUCCCAUGACAGCACAGGACGAGCGGGUGGGAUGAGAGCGGAAGGUGAGGAGAACCCCACCUCCUUCCACCUGAACCAGGCGCUGCUUUGCCGACUCUCGGCCCAGGACUCGGCAGGCGAGGCCGACAUUGAGGCUGAAACUAUUCCGGGCUCUCCCUGCUCCGAAAGUGCAGGAGAAUCAAUGGGAGAAGUCACAGGGGUGGCCUGUCCACCGGGACGUCCAGAUACAGGGAGCAGUAUCACACGGCAGAAUGGUAGAGUCCGAGCAGCCCAGAGCAGCAGAGCAACAUCUAACAUCCACGCCAGGCCAAGCCAAGGGUCCUGCAGCCUCAGUAAACCACUGAUACCCACAGCUCGAGCCAACUCGAGCAGCCAACACAAGGCUUACAAUCUCCAAAGACGAGCGACCAACCAAAGAGAGUCGACAAAGCCGCUGUCGCGAAAGAUAACGUCGGAAACGGCCAUUUACGGCCGUGGGCAGCUGAACUACCCGCUGCCGGAUUUCUCCAAAGUGGAGCCACGUGUCAGAUUCCCCAACGAGGAGCUGGGGCAGCGGAGGCCCAGGGGCCCGCCCCCGGCCCCCAGAAGGAGUGGCCCAGUCCACCACCACUCUCCCGCAGAGCUGGUCCGCCAGGUACUGCAGAGCAGUAGUGACUGUCCCCCGAUCACCCCCACCCCUCCUGGGGCCAUCGCCAACCAACUCCAGUGCCCACAACAGGCCUCCGAGAUGGUCUACCAGCUACAGGAGGAUUACCGCCGUCUGCUGACCAAGUACGCAGAGGCUGAGAACACCAUUGACCGUCUGCGGAUCGGGGCCAAGGUGAACCUGUUCACUGACCCUCCUCAAGCAGCCUCCAGUUCCCAGGGAACAUCGCUGCACCGGGCAUCAAAGGUCAUGACGUUUGCCAUCUCCCACCCGCAGCGAGCCGAGCUCGCACCCUCGCUGGACCACCACACCCUGACAGGCAGUUCCUCGGUGCCAGAAGGCCGGGACCCUAUGGAGUUUCCGGGGCCUUCGGGGGUCAGCCGGGCCCCUGGGCCGAGUGAGUCCAUUGUGGAGCCCACAGCGGGCGAGUGUCUGACCUGGGCCCUCGCACAACAGGCCCAGGCUGCGCAGGAACAGAUGGAUAUAUUUGAAGAGUUGCUGAAGGCUGGGAAGAUGGCACCAUUGGGUCAGCAGAAGGCAUAUCAGCAGUUGUGGGAGGACCAGGAUGCUCUGGAGCAGGCCUACCUGCAGGCCCGGGAGGAAUACCACAGCCUGCAGUGGAGAGACACCAGCACCAGUGGCCACUGCGUCGGCACGUUCGACCCCGACAGGGAAGUGGAGGGGAACAUCUUCCGGCUUGGGAUGCAUUUGGAGGAUGUGAAGGAGCGGAUGGAGCCAGUCCCCGUGACCAGCCGCUCCACGGACCAUCAGAGUGAUGAAGAAGCUCUUCCUAACUCCUGGCAGAUGAGAGGCCCUGCCCCGCAGCCUCAAAGACCCAGGCCCCUGGUGGAACCCCCAAAGCCAACGUCUCACAGCCCAGCGGACACCCAGCACAAUCCCAAACGCAGGCUCCUGGUUCCCAGCGCGGCGUUGCGACUGGGGAAGGUGGACGUGGAGGUGAGCUCGGUGAGUGGCGAUAGUGAGAGUGAGGACAUCAUUCCCAGAACCCUCACACACAAGAAGAUGCAACUGGAAGAAAGCUUCGACAAGCUGUUAGACCAGUGUGAAAACUUCAGGGAUUUGCCUUUGUCGCUGGAGCUGGACAAGGUGGGACAGAGACGCAUCCUGGAAUCACCACCCACCCCCCCAAACAUCCAGAGACUGGGGAAGGAGGAGCGGAUGGAGGGGAGAAGGAUCGGAGCUUCUUGCAGUGACCCGGAUACAGAAAGCAGGAAGGCUCAUGAACUGCGGCGGCCGAUGAAGAUGGCGGCUAUGUCCUGCGGUGGUUUCAAGGACUCGCGACGGCCAGGACUGGACGGGGAGGAGCUGGUGGCCAGAGGCAGGUCAUUCGCAUCACACGCCACCCCCACUGACUCUGAAGGAGCUGUCCCGAUGGAGCGGAGGGACCUUUCACCAGCCAAGAGUGGGGCGGGUGUGGACGGAGCUGCUUCUCCAGUGCUUGUGCCGUGCAAAACUCUGCUGCGAGCAGCGUCGGGGCCCCUGGAGGAGCGCAUCGUGUCUCCAGAGACGGACAGCGGCUUUGUGGGGUCAGAGUGUAGUCGGAUCACACCCGCGGUCCACACCCCUGAACAAUGGCCGCUGAAGAGAUCAGAAAGCCACCAGGAGCCGUCGCUGGAUCGGGCAGCUCAGGGCCCUGUGGGAGCAGAGCUGGCCGUGCGCAGUCAGCAGGGUGGUGGGAGAGGUGUGGGUGAACACCGCAUGGUGAGGGGCCAGGACAGAGGGCUGCGGGCGGGCACUGUCCAGCCCGCUCCACCCCGCACCAGCUCUCCCCACCACUGGGCUGCCAGUGUCAUCAGUGAGUUGGAGCAAGACACCUUCGUCAGUCACACAGAGUCUGAAGUGGAUGGUCUCGGGGCCUACUCUAGGCAGAGGUAUCAACGUUCCUCUCUCACCUCCUCACCUUUGACCUUCCACUCAAAGGUCCCAUACAGCACCAGCCCACUGAACGUCCACUCAGCGAGAGACCAGCUGAUCCAGUCCCUGCAGACGGAGGUUGCACAACUCCGCCAUCGCUUGGAGCAGGCCUUACACAAGCCCCAAGGAGAGGCUGACAGCAAUCCACCCCUGGCAGUCGGCACAACUCGCAAGCAUGUCAUUCACCAGCACUCGCCAAGAAGGAAGCUCCCGCGGGAAGAGGAGGAGGAGAAGGAGGAAGGGGAGCUGUACAGCGGACACGACCACUCGAAACCAUUCCCACACUACAGGUCGGAGCUGGAAAUCAGCACUGAAUCAGAAGCUUCCUCCUCUGACCAACAUCCUCCGGCUUCUAAACACGCCUCAGUCAGCCAGAGCUACAAGAGGUCAACUCCAGGCAGGCUUCAAAGAUCCAGGCCGAUUAAAGGCCCUUACACAGGCACAGACUACAGCUUGCUUGCACCACGACAUGGUGAGUCGUGUCCAUCCUGUGGGGCAACAUCCACACACAGGGCCGAUACUUGGACAAAGACUACCGGCUUCCUCACCAGCAGCCCCAGGAGGAACCCCUGUCCUGCCUGUAAACGACGGGCCACAUAUGAUGAACGUGGGAUUGAGGGCAAGCUAGAUCCUGUUGCUGAAGGGAAGCGGCCGGCCGAGCAACGUCACAGUGUUGAAGGCCGAGGCGUGGGCAUGAAGGGGCGUCCUGUUGCCAUGGGUUACACCCCCCCGCUGUGCUACAUCCCCCCCACUUCACCCGUGUAUUACUGCUCUCCAGGGUGGACGUACGUGUCACCCACACAGCCACACGUUUACUACCCACUUGGACGGCGUGCGGCAGAGUGGAGCUCACCGUGGGGAAGGAGACGGUCAGGGAGCCGCGGUGCGAAGCCAUCCCAGGGCAGCGGCGUCGUCUGCGGUAACAAUGAAACCACGGUGCUGGAUGUGGGCAGCUCUCUGCAGCAGGCCAUCCAUGCAGCAGAAAGCAUGAAAUGGACAACACACAACAUGGUGAAGACCCUGGCGUCCGAUCUUCACAAGGCCAGAGCCACCUGACCAGGUCCACCCAGCAGACGGCCACUGUAUCUGUAGCUCUGAGUCCUAGCCCUGUUUAGCUCAAGAUCCUCAACCACACAACCUUUGGCACCACUUCUCUCAUUGACUUCCGUUUGAUUUGAUGAUAUUGGUUGAAAACUCCCCUCAAGAAGCAGCACCUGACAGACAAAUACCUCCUGGCUCCUGGAUUGUCUCUCGCAAUGAAUGAUGGUUAAACACCCUGUGGUACAGCGCCGUGAUACAAACUCACCCUCUCCCAUCAGUGUUAGUGAGCAUGGGGGGAUCCCUCACUGAAUCACAGAGAGAUGGGCAUCUUCUGACACCGACAAACAAGGCUACAAGGUCUUGCUGGCGUGGGGGUCACUGAUUUCAUGGCCUUAUAUUGUCCCGUCAUUAGCCCGCUGGUUGCAGUGAUAACAAUGAGGCUUGCCUUCUGUACCAGCACGUUUUGCAACAGCAUCUGAAUGACUUUGGUGAUGCGUUUCACACAGUGCUGCCUGGGAACAAGGAGGAGGGAGGCUCACCAAGUGCCCCAUGCUGUUAGACUGCUCCCCGCCACUAACCUUCAUGAGGCUGGGCACAAAGUAUCUCUCUACGUGCAGCUGUCCACACACAUCUCAUGUCAAACUUGGUCAAGGGCUUGAGAUCAUCGCACAGGUAGCUCAAACGCUUGCAGUUUUAAAUGAUACAAUAUGGGAUCUCCUGUUACCUCAAGUGCCACGUUAGUAUAUUAAAUACAAGCCAGUACGUUAAACCUUGCAGAAUCAUUGAUUGGAAUGAUCUUGAAAGCAAACUUGCACUGAAACACCAUCAUUCUCAGCACUGGCUCAUUAUUUGACCGUGUCUCACAUACGGACUGUUGUACAUUUCUGCAUCAGCCAGCUCACGUCUGGAACUCAAGCCAGCAUGUAGCAUUUAUAUUAACAAAGACUUCAUCCCAUUCUAGCCCCUGACCAGAUCAUUUUAGUGAUUGGCUUAUUCUGGAUACUUGUUACAUUUUGGACCAAAAUCAAUACAAGUUGGCAGCAACAGGUCUAUUCCAGGGUGGUCCACGGGUAUCUGAUGAAGAUAUCUAAGGAGAAGCCCAACUUUGCUGAUUUUUGCUGGGACCAAUAGUUUGCCGCAUCAGCAGAUAUUGGAUCCCUGAGGGGGUCCACAAAGAAAGAUCACUGUUGUAUCCACAGACCUGAAUGUUAGACACCUCACUUGGGUUGGAAGGAACUGCAGAUGCUGGUUUACACCAAAGAUAGACACAAAAUGCUGGAGGUACUCAGCGGGACAGGCAGUAUCACUGGAUAGAAAGAAUGGGCCACGUUUCGGGUUGAGACCCUUCUUCAGACUCUCCAGCAUUCUGUGUCGCUCACUUGGGUUGGGUGUGUUUCUGAAUGGGCCGGAGGCUUUUACUUCUGACCAGACAAACUUCCUGCAACUUGACUUCAAUCAGCAUUUGAAUGACAUUAAAGUCAAACUACUUCUACUGUGACUCAACCAAGAGAAUUAAGCAAGUUGUAGAUUUACUUUUUGACUACAAUUGUUAGAUCUUCAGAAGUUGUUUCAUCUGACAUCAUUGCGUUAUCCUUUGAUGAUCAGUUUCUAGACUUAUGUGUCUCGGGAGUUCUCACAGUGCACAGACAAACUUUGUGAAUAGAAGCAAUCCUGAAUGGCUGACAUUGAUGGGAUUGCCAACAAGUUAAACGCUGCACAAUCCUAUGUCGUUCUAGUUAACACCAAAUUAGCAAAUCUCAAAAAAUUAUUCCUAGACAUCGAAGCAAGUUUCUGUGGUUUCAACAGCCCCAGGCCUUUCCAAAACUCUUUUACACAAUUUCCUUGCCACUUUUACAGAAUAAACUAGAAGAACAUUUCAAACUAUACAUUAUAUACUAGAAGACACAAAAUGUUGGGGUAACUCAGCAGAACAGGCAGCAUCUCUUGGGGAGAAAGACUGAGUGACAUUUCAGGUCGAGACCCUUCUUCAGACCCGACCGGAAACGUCGCCCAGAGUUGCUGCCUGUCCUGCUGAGUUACUCCAGCAUUUUGUGUUUAUCUUCAGUGUAAACCAGCAUCUGCAGUUCCUUCCUACACAUUAUAUACUAGGGUCUUGCACCACUGAGAAUUGGUUCUGGGACAUAAGGAAAGAAGAGAUACGCACAGAGAAAUGUUCUGAGAAGCAUUGACGUUUUACAGGGGACUGUCUGUAGUGUGAUAACUGAAUAAUGUUCUAAAGGGCCUGAAAUGGAGCAAUGUUUGAGUUUUGCACGAGCUGAGAGCCAGCGCUGUUCGGCAUUGUGUAGUCCAACCUGUUUGUUCACUUCUGCUAAAUGUUCUGUGCACUCAGCAGUUUUGUUUUACAGCUUUCAUGUGUACAAUAUAGUUGACCACUCUAUCAGUCAACUAAUUCAUUGAUGCCAGUCCAUGAUGUUGAAGGGAAUUUCAGUGAGAUUUUCUGAAUCCUAAGCGUGGCUGCAAGCACAGACUGUGGACCGAGGAUGCCAUGGAUUGUGUGAUCAUCUUUGCCGUGCAUCUUAGUCUGUUGACGUCCACAUUACAAGGGGACGUUACCACGGCAACUAAGCAUCAUUUAACUUAUUUUGUGUAUUCCGGUUACAAGUGACUGAACAGAUAAUUAAUGAAUCAUUCCCAGCACUGACUCCUUUUGCUGUGAACCCAUUCCUUAAUAUGCAUCACCUUUAAUGCAAUGUUUUAAGAAACAAAGCAGUUUUUACAACUCAAAGACUAAGAAAAGAGCAGCUGGUUUAUCCAGUUCCCCACACCAUCAAAACGGAGGCAGCAUCAUUUCUAAUCCCACACUUCUCCCUGAAUCGCUGGCAGCAGCAAGUAAAAUAUAAACUCUGGAAAAUUAAUCUUCCUUUAUGUGAUGGAAACCAGUGAGGAGGUCACACAGAUACCGUAUCAUCAAUGUCAGAUCUGAGCUUGUUCAGGAUUUGCUAUGGAUCCCUCCUCAACUAUAACCAUUGCUACAAGAAUACCCAUGUUUUUCAUGCAGAUUUGCAUAACAAAGUAUUUUUCAUGCACUCGGACAGGUCCUCCUACAGGAUCUUUACAGAUAACUUUACAGAUAUAAAAAUAGGUGGCAGUGUUCAUCAGUUGGUCAAUGGACAGAGCAAUGACAGAUGGAAUGUAAUCCUGGUAAAUUGAAGAGGAUGCACCUUGGCAGGACUAAUAACGUAGGGUGCAGGGGGAUAUUAAGGAACCUUGGUUUGAGAGUCCAAUCAUUUCUUAAGGUGGCAUCAAGAUGGUUUAAAAAAAAGCCAUACAGGAUAUUUGUUUUUAUUAGCCAGGGCAUAGAAUACCUUUCUGGCUUAAGCCCUCCCUUCACCACCUCCAGUUUAAAUUCCAUUUGGAAUAUUUUGGAGGACCAAGAAACCAAGAACAAGAAGGGCAGCAUGGUGAUGCAGCGGUAGAGCUGACUACAUAUACAGUGCCAGAAACACGGGUUCAAUCCUGACCACGGGUGCUUGUUUGUACAGAAUUUGUAUGUUCUCCCUGUGACCGUGUGGGUUUUCUCCGGGUGCUCUGGUUCCCCCCACAUUCCAAAGACGAACAGGUUUAUAGGCUAAUUGGCUUUGGUAAAAAAAAUUGUAAAUUAUUCCUCGUGUGUAGGAUAGUGCUAAUGUCCGGGGAUCACAGGUUGGCACGGAAUCGGUGGACCGAAGGGCCUGUUUCCGCACUGUAUCUCUAGAGUCUAAAGGUAGAUUUGGUUUUUUUUUGGUACUUCUAAAAAGCUCUGCACUAUUUAGUUUCUCAAAGGUUGCUGCUUGCUCCUUUACAUUGGACCAAGAUCAAACAUCACUGUGCUGGACCUCCUCUCUGGCCAUUGAUGCUCUUCCGUCUUUUCAAUAAUAAAACUCAACUUUAGGGAAGGUCUCAAUCCUCAUUAAUGACUAUUUGAACAUGUUCACAGAUUUGUUUUACAGAAUAAUCCUGAAAUAUGACUUUCUUAUUAGAUUAUUUUUUUACAAUGAAGACAAAAAAUAAAGAAUGAUAACUUGUAAGGGAUAGUUUUACAAAAUAUUUAUAAUAAUUUUUGUAGUAAAUGCAACGUGGUAGAAUUUAGAAACCUGAGAAUUUCUACUGUUUUUAUGAAUUAUAUUUUUCAUUGGAAUAAAUUGAUCUUCUGCAUC